GCGUUAUUUUAAGAAAGCAGAACCACCGUCAUUUGCACACUUCUUAUAGAUCACACACCUUAACCCUGACUUUUGAGCUCUGUUUUUUCAAAAGAAGUGAGGUUCAAGAUGAAGAACCAUUUGCUUUUCUGGGGAGUCUUCGCCAUUUUUGUUAAGGCUGUUCUUGUGACAGCCCAAGAUGAAGAUGAAAUGACUGUUCUUGUUGAUAACAAAUGUAAGUGCGCCCGGAUCACGUCCAGAAUCAUCCCUUCUCCCGAAGAUCCUAGUCAAGAUAUAGUGGAGAGAAACAUCAGAAUUAUUGUUCCUCUGAACAACAGGGAGAAUAUCUCGGAUCCCACUUCACCACUGAGAACCAAUUUUGUGUACCAUUUGUCUGACCUCUGUAAAAAAUGUGAUCCUAUAGAAGUGGAGCUGGAUAAUCAAAUAGUUAUUGCCUCCCAGAGCAACAUCUGUGAUGAAGACAGUGAAACCUGCUACACUUAUGACAGAAACAAGUGCUACACAAAUAGGGUCCCACUUACCUAUGGUGGUAAGACCAAAGUUGUGGAAACAGCUUUGACCCCAGAUUCCUGCUAUCCUGACUAAUUUAGUCAUUGCUGACUGCACAACUCCUUAUCUAGAAAGACUCUCCUUUUUGACCCAGAAACGUAAUAUAUUUACUACCAAUUAAUUUGGUUUUUUUGAUAAUGUAAAACUAACCCAGACCCCAAAUAAUUGAAAUACUAACAAUGUUAUUUUUAAUAAGUAAUUACUUCUUAAUUGUAUGUUCACACUCUAAGAAUUGAAGUUUCUCACUUAUCAUCCUUGCCUGAAGGGAUAUACAUCCUUACAAAUAUAAUUUCUAGCUCUUAAAAAACAGACAAAGGAAGAAAAUAAAACUCAAAGAGUAAAAAUCAGGAGACAUGAUUAAAUUUUGCAUUUUCUUUUUUGGCUUUGCCUGGAGAGCAAGAGCUUUUGCACAUUCCAUACUAUUCUUUUUUAAAAAAGUAUCACUGUGUAGAGAAAAUUUAUAUGUAAACAUCGGUCAAUUAUAUUAUUUCUUCAUUAGAAAAGUAAAAAUUGGAAAAUGUGGAAAUAUUUAUAAAAAAUAAUUUAAGAUGGGAUCUCUAAUUUACAAAACCAAUGACCUGGAAGUGACAUAAUUAGAUGCAUAAUUAAAAAAUGUAUUUUGACAUAACAGGUUUGGUAGCAGAUGAUACAGAUAUUUUUUUGAUAAUCAGGAUAAUGUAUGAAAUCCCCAUUCGAAAUCAUCUAUUUUGUAACAAAUUUAAUGAAAUAUGUAUUCCAAAAAAUGUAUUCUCUAGCACACUUUGAGCAAUUAAAUAGAUUCAUAAGCAUA